AUGACUCAGUUUGGGGACUUUGAGCCUCUCUGCCACACCGUCCCGUCCUAUCCGUGGUGUAACCUGUUCUAUCGCCAGAUCGAAGAUCACAACUCCUCCAUCUUCGACGAUCUAUCUGCGAACGCUACCUCUGCACCCGUGGGCGUGAACCCUGAAUGCGGCAUCCCUCGCGCUGGGUUCGACAAGUCGGUGGGAAACGUUGCCAACAUCGUCAUCUGCGGUCUGAGCAUCGUCUUCCUGGUAUUCUUGAUCAUCGCGACGAGCAGAAGGAGGGCAGCUGUCGGCCGCGUUGAGCUCCGCCAGUUCCUCGUUCUCUACCUCCUCACCUUGCCUUUCCAGCUGAUCACCACCGGCUCCUUCCUCGAGCAAGGCUCAACAGCGCUCACGGCCAUCACCGCGGUGCACGCUGGCCUCGUCGCCGCAACCUUCUCGGCUCUCCUGGGCAACGCCAUCGUCAGCACGCAGAUCGUCGAGGACGGCACCCUCGCAUCAUUAAUCCCCUUCAACUUCUUCCUCUUGGCAUUCUUCGUCGUCACAACGUACAUCGCGCUGGACGUGGGCUUCUCCUUUACGAGUGUCUUCGGACCGUCGGACCCGUUGCAGAGAGAGCACAGUGUACCCUUGUUUGUGUUUACUUCUAUCUGGCCUGGAGCCGCUGCCAUCAUCUACUUCUUGACUAUGCUUUAUGUUGUACUCGGGAUUCUGAAUGAGCUGCGCCCCUUGUGGUAUUAUAUACUUGCGAUGAUCCUGUUCAUUCUCAGCCAGCUGGACUAUUUCUUGCUCAAUCAAGUCAUCUGUAAGGGCACUUCAUCUAAGGUCGACGGCUCCUUUGUUGCAACAAUAUUAGAAACAGCCGUCGUAGGCGUCCUAUAUCUGGCUUGGAGGAGCAUCACAGAAGACUCCUGGGACGACGAAAUAUACUUUCCUCGGUAG